GUAUUUUGUUUGUAUCCCCGGUUACGUGAGCUCUACAGUAAAUCAAUGUAGUUGAUCGUGGAGAUACGUAGGCUAAAGUUAAGCUCUGUUGCAGUUUUAACAGCUAUGAAUGUAAGUGCUACUGUAGCAUGAUAUGCAUUGCUUUUGGCGUUGUAUCCAGGAUUUGCGACGUUGUGCUUGGUUUUAAACUCAUUUCGGUGCUACAGUAGCUAGCUCUAGCUAGCCUAGCUUUACUUCGAUUGUGUUGUUAGCUAGACUCAGUGUUUGUCUUUAUUAAUGGGGAUUUGUUAGUACGUUGUGGAAAGUGUGUGUAAUAUGAUUUUAUGUUAUGUAACUUUAGAUGCAGACAGUCUUGUGAGUCUCAAGGUAUUUACUCCAGUUUUGUGAACUUCAAUUUGACCGCAUAAAGAUAGUGUGCUUUGUUCUGAACCUGGUCGCCAACCGGAAACCAGUCUCCAUGACGGGCAACAGCGAGUUUACCGGUCCCUUCCCAUAUCUACCAAGUUGAACAAUGGAUUUUGGUGUUUCAAAACACAUUGACAUUUCCCUGCUAUAUGACUAUGUUAAGCCUGGGUUCUGCUCCUCUCUUUCACCAACCGUCUCUGGAGGAGAGGAUCCCUCACUGAAUUGCUUCUCCCAAGUUUCUUAAAUUUUUUCUCCUCCAAUCCCCUACUGGCCAAUCAUACUUGAUCAUGGGCGGAGACUAGACAGAGAAGACACCUUAAGGCUCCAGAGAGACUACAGAGACUCAACCAGAGACACUACAGAGAUAGACUCAACCAUAGAGAGACUCAACCAGACACAGCAGUAACCACACAGAGGAUCAACCAGAGAAACAAGCUUCCAGACUCUAGAUACGGGAUCCAGAGAGACCAGACAGAGAACAAAGAGAGAGCUGAGUUAUGGUGACACAUCACUGUGAUACAUGUGGGAAGAGCCUUUCCUCAUCCAGUAACCUUAAGAAGCACAUGAAGAUCCACACUGGAGAGAAGCCCUACAGCUGUGACCUCUGCGAUAAAACCUUUAGCCAGGCUGCCAAUUUCACAGUUCACCGCAGGAUCCACACUGGAGAGAAGCCCUACAGCUGUGACCUCUGUGGAAAAACCUUUAGCCAGGCUGGUCAUUUCAGAGCUCAUAGCAGGAUCCACACUGGAGAGAAGCCCUACAGCUGUGACCUCUGUGAUAAAACCUUUAGCCGUGCUAGCAGUUUCACAGAUCACCGCAGAAUCCACACUGGAGAGAAGCCCUACAGCUGUGACCUCUGUGGUAAAACCUUUAGCAGUAAUAGCAGUUUCACAGUUCACCGCAGAAUCCACACUGGAGAGAAGCCCUACAGCUGUGACCUCUGUGGUAAAACCUUUAGCAGUAAUAGCAGUUUCACAGUUCACAGCAGAACCCACACUGGAGAGAAGCCCUACAGCUGUGACCUCUGUGAUAAAACCUUUAGUAGUGGUAGCAGUUUCACAGUUCACCGCAGAAUCCACACUGGAGAGAAGCCCUACAGCUGUGACCUCUGUGGUAAAACCUUUAGCCAUGCUAACAGUUUCACAUUUCACCGCAGAAUCCACACUGGAGAGAAGUGCUACAGCUGUGACCUCUGUGAUAAAACCUUUAGCAGGUAUAGAAAUUUCGUAGUUCACAGCAGGAUCCACACUGGAGAGAAGCCCUACAGCUGUGACCUCUGUGGUAAAACCUUUAGGCACGCUGGCAAUUUCACAGUUCACCGCAAGAUCCACACUGGAGAGAAGCCCUACAGCUGUGAUGUCUGUGGUAAAUCCUUUAGCCAGGCUGGCCAGGUCAGAGCUCAUAGCAGGAUCCACACUGGAGAGAAGCCCUACAGCUGUGACCUCUGUGAUAAAACCUUUAGCAGUGUUAGCAAUUUCACAGUUCACCGCAGAAUCCACACUGGAGAGAAGCCCUACAGCUGUGACCUCUGUGGUAAAACCUUUAGACAUGCUAAAGGUUUCACAAUUCACCGCAGAAUCCACACUGGAGAGAAGCCCUACAGCUGUGACCUCUGUGAUAAAACCUUUAGCAGUGUUAGCAAUUUCACAGUUCACCGCAGAAUCCACACUGGAGAGAAGCCCUACAGCUGUGAUAUCUGUGGAAAAACCUUUAGCCAGGCUAGCAGUUUCACAAUUCACCAUAGAACCCACACUGGAGAGAAGCCCUACAGCUGUGACCUCUGUGAUGAAACAUUUAGCAGUGGUAGCAGUUUAACAGUUCACCGCAGAAUCCACACUGGAGAGAGGCGCUACAGCUGUGAACUCUGUGGUAAAACCUUUAGCAGGUAUAGCAAUUUCACAAUUCACAGCAGGAUCCACACUGGAGAGAAGCCCUACAGCUGUGAUCUCUGUGACUAUUCAGGUAAAACAAAUGGCCAUCUGAAGAGUCACCUGCGUGUCCAUAAUAGAAAAAACCCCAAAGCAGUGAUGUCUGGGGCCAAGCUGUCCCAGCAGUCACCACCUGAGAGAACUUCUGUAACACAUCAGUGUGAUACCUGUGGGAAGAGCCUUUCCUCAUCCAGAAGCCUCAAGAUGCACAUGAAGAUCCACACUGGAGAGAAGCCCUACAGCUGUGACCUCUGUGGUAAAACCUUUAGCCGUGCUAGCAGUUUAACAAUUCACCGCAGAAUCCACACUGGAGAGAAGCCCUACAGCUGUGACCUCUGUGAUAAAACCUUUAGCAGUAGUAGCAGUUUCACAAUUCACCGCAGAAUCCACACUGGAGAGAAGCCCUACAGCUGUGACCUCUGUGGUAAAACCUUUGGCCAGACUUCCACUUUGAGAAAUCACCUCAGGAUCCACACUGGAGAGAAGCCCUACAGCUGUGACCUCUGUGAUAAAACCUUUAGCAGAGCUAACCAUUUCACUGUUCACCGCAUGAUCCACACUGGAGAAAAGCCCUACAGCUGUGACCUCUGUGAUAAAACCUUUAGCCGUGCUAGCAGUUUCACAGAUCACUGCAGAAUCCACACUGGAGAGAAGCCCUACAGCUGUGACCUCUGUGGUAAAACCUUUAGCCAUGCUAACAGUUUCACAAUUCACCACAGAACCCACACUGGAGAGAAGCCCUACAGCUGUGACCUCUGUGAUAAAACCUUUAGCAGUGGUAGCAGUUUCACAAUUCACUGCAGAAUCCACACUGGAGAGAAGCCCUACAGCUGUGAUGUCUGUGGUAAAACCUUUAGCCAGGCUGGCCCUUUCAGAGCUCAUAGCAGGAUCCACAAUGGAGAGAAGCCCUACAGCUGUGACCUCUGUGGUAAAACCUUUAGCCAGGCUGGCCCUUUCAGAGCUCAUAGCAGGAUCCACACUGGAGAGAAGCCCUACAGCUGUGACCUCUGUGGUAAAACCUUUAGCCAUGCUGGCAAUUUCACAGCUCACAGCAGGAUCCACACUGGAGAGAAGCCCCACAGCUGUGACCUCUGUGGUAAAACCUUUAGCCAGGCUUCCACUUUGAGAACUCACCGCAGGAUCCACACUGGAGAGAAGCCCUACAGCUGUGACCUCUGUGACUAUUCAGGUAAAACAAGUAGCCAUCUGAAGCGUCACCUGCGUGUCCACAAUAGAAAACCCCCAAAGCAGUGAUGUCUGGGGCCAAGCUGUCCCAGCAGUCACCACCUGAGAGAACUUCUGUAUGACCCACAGCUGGAAGAACUACAACAACAACAAAAAAAUCCUCUGUUGUUAGACUGCUCCU